AUGUCGGAACACGCGGAGCCUCGAAUUAUGUGGUUUUAGUAAGCCGCGUCAAAGGCGGCAAUCGCGCCAUGUGAACUGGCAAUCACCGAUAAAAAGAACCGUCGGUCCAAGUUUACCUUCCCAGAAACGAUCGACACAACAACUCGAGACGAAAGCAAACAACACACCAACUUCAAGAUGGCGAAACCUGACAACGUAGUGUGCGAGGACGGCGUAUGCCAUAUCGACUUCUCUAAGAAGAAGAAUGCCGGACAGUCAUCGUCUGGAACACCCUCGGAGGAUGCGGCCAAGAUAGUCGAGGAGAAGAUCAACAACAACAAGGUUGUCAUUUUCAGCAAAACCUACUGCCCAUACUGCGAUAAGGCUAAGGCAUUAUUCAAGUCGAAGAACGUAGCCUUCGAUCUAGUAGAGCUGGACAGCGUAAAGGACGGCGAAAAGCUCCACGCAUAUUUGAAGGAGAAGACCAACCAGUCGACUGUCCCGAACAUUUUCGUGAGCAAGCAGCACGUUGGAGGGUUCAGCGACCUAUCAGAGUUGGACACGAAGGGAGAGCUUGCCAAGCUUCUGCAAUAGACUAGGUUAUCGGACAAUAGAAUGUAGGAGCAGGCGACAUAUGUAUGUCGAAGGAUGGUGCACAGGAAAAUUCAAUCGAGGGCUCCCCCCACUUUCAUGUGAUGGUGUUUGUCAAGGCGCAGGAUAAACAAAUUUAUCAAUGUGCUUUGAGCGAAAGGUUGAGAAAAGAAGCCAUUGUAUGGGCAUUGGCGUGUG